GGAAACGAAUGAGGUUGCGCAGAUCCCCUGAAUUUGACGCCACUUGCCAUCGAACCACGGUGAGGAAACUUUCACCGACAUUCAAGCACUUGACAGCGAAGCUACGGACUGUUUUUCGUCAGUAAACGUUGUUUCGUACAGACAGCACGCAGUCAGUACUGUGUCCUCCUUUGUUGACCUUCCACUUCGACACCGGGUGACCGGGCUUGGGCUUGAACACACUACAGUAUGAUCACAAGCGAAUACGUGGCUUUGCUGUCGCCGAAAACAUGGGGGCUUGGUGCCGCGGCGAUACUCACUGCUGCGAUGGGCACUACAUGGUGGUAUAUAUUACCGCAGCGUUCGCUCAAGAAACUCGGCAAGGCCAGGAGCUUGUUGCGUUUCGCACCCCGGAUGGUGUGGCACACGUGUUAGAUGCCUAUUGCCCGCAUCUGGGCGCUCACCUUGGAGUGAUGGGGCGAGUAGUGGGCGAUUGCAUCCAGUGCCCAUUCCACGGGUGGAAAUUCCAGGCGGACACCGGAGUUUGCACAGAUGUACCGUACGCCAGCCAAACGCCAUCAUUCGUGAAGGUGAAGACAUGGAUUUGUCAAGAGUCGUGCGGCUUAAUCAUCGUCUGGUUUCAUGCGGAAGAAGAGGAGCCCUCGUGGAUGAUCGAAUAUCCAGCUGAAGUGGUUAGUGGAAGGAUGCGCCAGAUGGCACGAUACGAGAAGAUCUGCUCCGGGCACAUUCAGGACAUUGCCCAGAAGGUGGCCGACGGGGCUCACAUGAAUAGUCUCCACGCAGCCACGUGUCUGCUGUCUUUACCGGAAUUCGCAAGCCGACCAAGAGAUUCGUGGCUAUGUCGCCUUAUGCAGCUCAAAUGGGACACAAAAUUCGCAGUGACUGGUAAGGAGGCGCAUAUGUCGUGGUUCAUACAAAUGUCACUGUUAGGAUGGAAGCCUGAGUUUGCUCAAUGCCGCGGCAUCGUGAAGCAGCUGGGCCCGGCAUUGACGAUCACCUCUGUACAGAAUAUCUUCGGAGAAUUCAUCGCGGUUGUUUCAGCGACUCCGGAGGCUCCGUUUCAAACGCGCUUGGUGCACCGAUGUUACGGGAGACCUGGACUUUUGUCCUGGCUCUGGUGUCAGGUUGCAGAACGUGGCAUCAGCAACAUGAGUGACAGAGACAUCGCAGUAUGGAAUCGAAAAAUAUUCAAGACGCCAGUAUUGGUGGAUGAAGAUAAGAGCAUUGAAGAAUUCAGAGAAUGGUAUACGCAGUUUUACAGCAAAAACAGUCCGACAUGGAAAGAAGUGAAAGAAAAAAGUUUGUCCUGGUGAUACAGGGACGUUUAAUUGGGAAGAAAAGUAGCUGUGUUGUGGUGCCAUUUGUAUUGUAUUUUUUUCAGUCUUUUGUUGUGAUAGCAAUUAUAUACCCACUCUCGGCUGA